UCACAGCAGUGACACUUCAGUGGUAGUGUGUGUUGUCAACUACCUAAUUUUCAAUACAUUUAAAAGAACCCGUCGACUUUAUUUAUUUGAAAAGAGUCUUCUUUUUCUUUAAGAUUUCUAAAUUUGUUUUUCAAAGUUACAUUUGUUGACAUGGAUUCGACUGUCUCUGUGUCCAAGGGUUGUUUUGCCUUCAAGAGAAAAAGGAAAGGUAAAAUUCCCUCUUCAGUCCACUUAUCAGGAAAUUUAUGGUAUCAGUCGUACAAAAAGUGUAUGGGAUCAUCUGAGGAGUUACUAGAAGUUCUAGAAAAGAAAAUUUUCACUGAAAUUUUUGAAGGUUUAUUAGAGUAUGUCAAAAAGUGUUCCUCCAAUCCUGAAACAUCCCACACUGAAAUUCCUGCUGCUACACUACUCACAGGUGUGAACAUGCCUGAUCACACCUCUUUGUUUGCAACUCUUUCAAAGAGCAUCCAACAACAAGCGACCCCUCAUGUUGCCACUCUCUGGGCCCGUGAUUGUUCUUCUUUGAAAGCAACAGUGGAGCGAAUGUGCUCGCAAUUUAUGCUUGUUCCCACCAGUGAUGACGCUAAUGAUUCUCAGGACUGUGAUAAUUCAAGCAAUGAAGAGUCAGAUGAUGAAAAACAGACAAAGAGUAAAAUUAAUCGGUGGCAUUGCAACUUACAAUAUCUCUCAUCUUGGUACUCCACCAUUGCUGCCAAGGGCAAUAAAAAAAGAAAGACUAACAAGCUGUCAGAAAAAUUUGGGGGCAAAGCACAGUCUCUUGUUGUAAUCAUCCCUGACUUUGAAAGCUUUCCUGCCAAAGUUCUACAAGAGUUUAUUUUACUUUUGAAGGGUUAUCAGUAUCGAGUACCAUUCCUACUUGUGUUGGGAGUAGCCACUGCUGUGUCAGCUGUCCACAGAUCAUUACCUCAUCAUGUCUCAUCUUGCCUCAGAAUGAAAGUUUUCCACUCCCGACCUUCACUUGCAUAUUUAAAUGAGGUUUUAGAGAAGGUUUUCUUUUUGCCUGAUCAACCAUUCCAUUUGGGGGGGAAAGCUUUCAAGCUACUCUUAGACGUUUUUCUUUUCCAUGAUUUCUCAGUCAUGGGUUUUGUACAAGGUUACAAGUUUUGUAUGAUGCAACACUUUCAUGGAAAAGAUUGGACAGUAUUAACUUGCUCCCCUGAGGAAUUGCCGUCAGCAGUAAAGCUUCUCUCAAAACAAGAUAUUGAGUCAGUUCGGAAGCUGCCUUCUGUCCGUAAACACAUUGAGACUCUGUGUUCUAAGGCAGACCAGAUUUCUUGGUUGAAAGAUGACACAUUUGUUAAGGGGGAAAUAGUGAAGCUCCUAACAAACAUUCAUAAAUAUGUUCAUUCCUUUUUUGCAACAUUAAAAUGCCUCAAUAUAUUAACUUGCGAUUUACCAGGAGCACCUCUUGAGAAACAGCUGCGAUCAGUAUACAUUAUAGCAUCUACUUGUGAUAUUGUCAAAAGCUCAGAAUUGAAAGAAUGCAUGACACUACUUUCAUUUUUGUCUAGUGAUGAACUUGAAUCCAAGUUAUCUGAGAUUUUGGUAAUCUUACAUGAAUCUUUGAAAAAUGGAGCAACGCAAAUGAUGGAUGUCAUAGAGAAGCUUGAAGGUCUUGUGGCAAAAUUCAAGACAUUGUGGGCACCAGUUCCAACAACACCCACCAAGAACUCACAAAGUCCAAGCAGAAGUCCAUUGAAAGCUGUUCGGAGCCCAUUGAAGAGCCCCAGCAAGUUGUUGAUGAAUGUCAACAGCAGGUCUCAAUUAAGAGAAAAACUGAAAGAGAUGUCCACCCAUGACAUUAAACUGUCUCCUUUUGAAAAAUUGCGGACAGAAGUGCUAUCAUUUUUACUGGAGGAGAUGUUCACCCCAUUCCUGGCAUCACCUCAAACCAAACCCUUGCACGAGUUGGUUUUCUUUGAUAACAUUGCUGCUGUCAAAUCUCACAUUGUGGGGUCACCAAGGCAAGCCAUGUUGAGAGGCUUGAGGGAUCCUCACUUCUAUUUAGAUUGUGAUUGCUGCAAGUUGUCUGAUCUUGGUGACAUCCUUCCAACAUUACCUGAUGUUAGCAUUGUCUACAAAUUACAUCUUGAGAGUGGGAAACUGAUCAAUAUGUUUGAUUGGUUACAGUCCUUUUUGACGAUUGUCGACCCAUCAAGUGUUGAAGAAGAACAGACUGAAGUUGAUCCUAAGCUACAAGCUCGUUUUACCCGUGCUGUCGCGGAGUUGCAGUUCCUUGGAUUCAUCAAAUCUUCAAAUCGCAAGACUGAUCAUGUUACACGUCUCACCUGGUGUUAGUUAUUAAUACAAUGUACAAAUAUUAGUUUUAAUUGUCUUUCUUUUUCUCUUUGUGAUACUUUACAAUUGUGCAUCCAAUAAAUAAUAAUAAUAAUAAAACAAUCUUAA